UGCGCGCGCGCGCGCGCGCGUGUAUUUAAGUCUGUGUGAACUGAUGGAGAAUCAUCAUCAACAGUAGGUCGUGGAUCUUCAGCACACUUCUUACUUGUUUUACUUCUUGUACUUUGAUGAAAAUGUAUCGGGUGUUUUCUGCGCUUCUGCUCGUGUGCGUGUCUUGUGUGUGCGCGAGCGCGUACCGGGCGGAUUUACCAAAAGAUUUCGGGGUGAAACUUUGCGGUCGCGAGUUCAUCCGAGCGGUUAUCUUCACGUGCGGAGGAUCCCGAUGGAGAAGAUCAACAUACAAUGAUAUCUCACUGGAGAGACGCGAUGACUUUAGCCCGAGUGAAGACGCGUCGCUGCUGCGGCUUCAGACAGACGCGCGCAUUGGGACGCUCUUCUCCUCGCGAGCGGAGCGACGGAAGCGGAAUUUUUCGCUCGGACUGGCGGGAUUGUGCUGCAAUCAGGGCUGUACGAAAUACGACAUCGGCCGCCUGUGCUGAGACAACGAGUCUGAUCUGAUCUACUAUUAUUUGUUUUUAUUUCUUUCAUAUGAAAACGUGAAUAAAUGUUGAUGUCUUUAUUGAAGCUGUCAUUUGUUACAGAUUAUUGUUUGUUCACACGAGAGGAUGUGUGCGUUAAACCUGUAGCUUUACUGUAUAAACUAAAGUAAAGAAUAACAAUGUGAACAAUAGUUGAAAAAAAGUUGAAAAUAUAUUCUGUUUACAGUGUAAAUUUGCUAGUAAUGGUAAAAAAACCUCACAAACUUUUAUUGACACCUCUCUUUCCGAAACUCCGAAGAUGUCCUUGUGCCUGCGGUAUGAAAGGUUUGUAAACUGUUUAAACCAGAUAGAUAUGACGUCAUCUGAGUUAUUGUAUAUUUUAGUGAUUUUCAAGUAGAAUGUAUAUAAAUAAUAAAAAAAUCUGCAUAAAUAAAAAAUAUAUAUAUUA